AUGGCUUCGGUGCGGAUGGCCGGUAAAGUUGGAGCAACUCUUUUGGGAAGUGUUCGGGCUCUCCGCGGUUACAGGGCGAGCCGCCCGGUGACGUUUCUUCACCAGAAAUUUGAUAGUCUGUCUUCCUCUUCCUCGGUUGCCGUAUUCUCUCCCAGCAUGGGCAACCCAGAUAUGAAUUUAUCAGCAGCUGCCGGGAACUCUGGAGGGCAGAUUCCUAUUACUCGUUUCCACAGAGACGCGGAAUUGGCACUAACCCUCAGCCUGUGGGUGUGUCAGGGCUUCUGCAGAGGAAGUGGAAACUUCAGGUUAUGA